GGUUGCAGUACGAAGUUCAUGAAACUCGUCACAGCUGAUGAGCUUAGUAUGAGAAAUAAAUUUUGCAAAGUCAAAAGCUGUUGUACAUUUGGUCGCUGAAUUUCUAUUGCAAAAAGAGUUCCUGCACUCGAUACAAUGGCUUCCACUCGUAUACUGGAACGAUGUAUCUUUUGCCAGAUUGCCACCGGAAAGGACCCAACAACGAAAAUACUUUUCCAAAACGAGCGAGUUUGUAUUUUCAAAGACAUUCGACCAGCAGCUGAAGUUCAUUUGUUGGCGAUUCCUGGCCACCACCUAGAUGAUGUCCGAUCUCUAUCAUCUAGUGAUAGACCUCUGUUGGAGGAACUCAAGGCGGAAUUAAGCAAUGUCCUCCGCGAUCAGUUCCAAACCGAUCCAGCGACUGCCUUAUUUGGUUUCCACAUUCCACCGUUUACGACUGUGAAACAUCUGCACAUGCACGCAAUUGCUCCAACCUCGAGUAUGGGUUUCAUUUCAAGGAUGAUUUUCAAACCUGGCUCAUGGUGGUUUAAUACGGAGCACGAUGUAUUGGAGAAGUAUACACCAUUACUAGAUGCGCAAGCUGAAGCACAAUCCUAGUGACGAUGAGCGAUUAAAAGUGCGAUGCUAAUUCCUUUCUCCCUAGUGCACAACUCAACAUUAGACUACAUUCACAAGAGGCUCUGUGUUUGUACAAAGAUUAUAAUUGUUUUUGUUAAAUUUUAGAGGAAUUGUACAAAUUGGUUACGGUAGAUUUGUUAAAAAUGUAUGACGUUGUACGAAUUAAGAUUGAAUUUUCGUAUAAAGUGAAGAGUGCAAACUUUUUAUCAACGAGAUUAAACUUUUAUAAAGAUAGAAAAACAAAUGUAUAUCUAUUCGAAUUAGAAUAUUAUGGCUGUCAUCUGGCGUACUAACGUUUAGACAUCACUCAAUGAACAUCAGAGACAAAAACAUUUAUUUGCCUAUCGUGGUCGCAGAUUCCGUAUGGACCGACGUCUAAUGGUUAACCUAGAUUUUUUGACGAAUAUACAUAGAUAACUGCUGU